AUGUGUUGUGUCUCAGGCUACCCUCGUUACACAGUGAUUGGGGACCACAGUACAGGGGAACACCACCUCCGGAUCCAACGUGUGGAGCUGAUGGAUGACGCUGUCUUUGAGUGCCAGGCAAUCCAGGCAGCCAUGAGGUCCCGCCCUGCCAGACUCACUGUGCUGGUGCCUCCUGAGGACCCAGUGAUCCGUGGUGGUCCGGUGGUGAGCCUGAGAGCAGGAGAUCCCCUAAACCUGACCUGCCACGCUGACAACGCCAAGCCAGCAGCAUCCAUCAUCUGGAUCCGSAAUGGAGAGGUCCUCAAUGGAGCCAUGUACUCCAAGACACUGCUUCGUGAUGGAAGGAGGGAGAGUACGGUUAGCACCCUCUACCUGUCUGCCUCCAACAUCGAGACAGGCCAGCAGAUCAUCUGUCGAGCGUCCAACAAGGCUGUGCCCAACGGCAAAGAGACCAGCGUCAACAUUGACAUCCAACAUUUGCCACUUGUCAAUCUGUCAGUGGAGCCUCAGCCCAUUCUGGAAGGAAACCUGGUCAAGUUCCACUGCUCAGCCAAGGCUAACCCACCCGUCACACUGUACAGGUGGGCCAAAGGAGGCAAUGUGAUAAAGGAGGUCUCUGGGGACACCUAUGAGGUCAUUGUGGACCAUUCCUUCUUCACCGAGCCAGUCUCCUGUGAGGUCACCAACCCUCUGGGCAGCACCAACAUCAGCCGCAACGUCGACGUCUACUUUGGUCCACGCAUGUCUGCAGAGCCCCAGUCCUUACAGGUGGAUCUGGGGUCUGAUGCUGUAUUCAACUGUGCUUGGACUGGAAACCCCUCCCUCACCAUCGUCUGGAUGAAGAGGGGCUCUGGGGUGGUACUAAGCAACGAGAACAUCCUGACACUCAAGGCUGUGAGGCAGGAAGAUGCUGGGAAAUAUGUGUGCCGUGCCGUGGUUCCGCGAGUCGGCGCCGGGGAGAAGGAAGUUUCUCUCACCGUCAAUGGCCCACCCACCAUCUCUAGUACCCAGACACAUCAGGCUCUCCAUGGGGAGAAGGGCGAGAUCAAGUGCUUCAUCCGGAGCACUCCACCUCCAGACCGCAUUGUGAGUAACACCAACACCACUUCCUUCAAUAUCUAUCUCUUUUACUUAUCUCUACUGGCCACAGCAUUGCAUGGUAUAUGGGUCGCAUUACAGCCAUGGUGCCCUGACAGGGCUCCUGUUGCAUUAUCAGCAUUCAACUGCACAGCCUGGAACAGCUUUGGGUCUGACACGGAGAUCAUCCGCCUCAAGGAACAAGAGUCUCUCCCGGUGGCGGUCAUCAUCGGGGUGGCAGUUGGGGCCUUGGUGGCUUUCAUCGUCCUCAUAGGGACCAUCGGAGCUUUCUGUUGUACCCGCUCUCAGAGAAAGGAAGCGCACCUGGUAAUGCCCUCACUACCCGUCUCCAUCUGUGCUCACCAGAGAGAACUUGCAAGCAAAAUUAAGACAGAAAAUCUGAAAGGGGUGGUGUCGGCCAAGAACGACAUCCGAGUGGAGAUUGUACACAAAGACCACAACGCGGCACGGGAAAAUGAGGAGCACACCGCCAUGAAGCAACUGAUGGUAGAACGCGGGGAGUUCCAGCAGGAGUCAGUGCUGAAGCAGCUAGAGGUGCUGCAAGAGGAUGAGAAAGAGUACCAGCAUAUCAAGGACCCCACCAAUGGAUACUACAGUGUCAACACCUUCAAGGAGCACCACUCCACCCCCACCAUCACCCUUCAAGGUAACCAGACUACAGAGAUGCGGAAUCCCACCGCUGCCACCACCGGGGGCAAGCAGCGGGUACCCACGGGCAUGUCCUUCACCAACAUCUACUCCACCCUAGGUGCCGGGCCAAACCGCCUGUACGACUACAGCCAGCGCUUCGUGCUGGGCAUGGGCAGCAGCUCCAUCGAGCUGUGUGAGAGGGAGUUCCAGAGAGGAUCACUCAGCGACUCCAGRUCCUUCAUCGACACGCAGUGCGACAGCAGRGUSAGCAGCUACAGCAAGCAGGARGGCUACGUGCAYUUCGACAAGGACAGCAAGGCCUCCGCCUCCGCCUCCUCCUCAUCCCACUACUCCCAGUCCUCCUCCCAGAACUCAGACCUCACACGGCCCCUCCAGAAGCGCAUGCAGACCCACGUCUGACCUGACCGCCAGAGAGGGRCUGCCUGUCCUGGGGUAUCCAGCCGUGGAUUGGAACUAUGGGAAACAUACAGCUUCCUGAAAAGGGACCUACGUUUCAAAGCACAUGAUGUGUUGGUGAGAAGCCUUGAAAUCGGUGGCUUUAACUCACAUUGGACUUGUUCAGAAUUCUCUGUGUUCCAACCAGUGUUUCAAAAACCUGGCAUUCCCCCCACAUCCCAUCCUAAGCUCAUCAGAAACCACCUCCUGUUGUCCAGUUCUUCACUUAGUAAAUAAAGGCCCAUAAACCAUAAACAUACAGUCGCUGUGCCACAGAGAGCUCUUUUGCCAACAUGGACACAACUCAAGUGUUAAGGUGGUUGUGGCACUGAUAGACAAUGGAAAUAGGAUCCCAUAUAAGGGAGCAAAAUAACCAAAUGCUGUGGCUGGGGGCUAGCAAGUUGUCUUUAAAACAAAGCGGGACCACUCUCUUAUGGGUGGCAAAAGUCACCCAUCACUUGGUAUGUGUAAGCCAAUAUUCUGUUGCUCUGUUAUAGUUCUAAGCACAACUGUGAAUGUGUGUUAAAUGUCAAAGCUUCUKCUCUCUCUUAUACCCUUUCCCCCCAGCCUCCCCUCACACACAAUGUUAAGUUUGGGUGAUCCAACUUCAUCCCUUGUGUAGGUGGAGUAGGACUCUCAAAAUGUGUCCAGACUUGCCAAACAAUUAACCAAAGGCAGUCUUUUCCCCGGGGUUCCCGGCCCUCAGAACUCUACAGAUAAGGAGGCCCGUGAUCUCAACCGGAAAGCCUGAGUUGUCGUUUCACAGAUUGUCACUCUGAGAUAAAGGAAUAAUAUCAGUGUACAUUACGCAUCUUUUAUUCAGCAUUCUUUAUUUUUACUCAGAUGCUUGAUUUCACUUGUUUUGAAGACUAUUUGAAAUACCAAGAGACAUUUCAGGAGACAAACUUUUACAUUCAGAAGCAGAAUGGGGUGUGUUCUAAUUUAAAGUAGGGGGUUGGUUCCUCAGUCAACCUCUCGGCACCAUGCCAGCUCAAAUGGAGGAGAGCAUAGCUGACUGACUAUAAUGUCUGCCCUACCCAUGUAAUGUGAAGUCUCCCAUACUAACUGCUUUAUAUCAUCAGCCAUGUCCACAUGAUAGGAUGCUGCCUGCGGAACCAAAUGUAAACAUUGUGUAUCAGAGCUUUUCAUCAUGUGGCUUUCCCAAUACCAUGUUAAUACGGGAGCUCAGUCAAUCCAGACUGUAUACCUACUGUGAUCUAGCUGCUCAUUGAAGGAAAUGGAUAGGAAUAUGUGAUGUAAAUUGUUGUUUUGAUUUCUGGUAUUUUGUUCAUUUGGCUGCUGUGAGACUACUGUAUAAACACUGACUGUUUUAAGUGAGUGUAUUGUACAUGCCAGAUAUGGAAUUUCACUUUUUUCACCAUUAUCAUUGUUGUCAUUUUAUUUGAGAGAUUAGGGAAACACAGAAACAAAUCCCAUCACGGAUACAGACAAAAGCACUUGUAUGGUAGAUCCACAAUGCCUCCUCUCUGCUAGCUAGCCUGCUGUGGAGGGCAACACGGUCACAUGAAACACAGGACAUGUCACAUACAGGACAAGUAGUACUACACUAGACAAGACCAACCACGGUAAUGUUAAACUAGAACAGCACAUUCUAUUGGGUGAGAUAAUCAAUGUGGUGGUGUUGGUGAUAAUGACUAAAAUAUACAGUACAUCAUUUUGCCACCACGCUACAUAUCACCACGCACCAUACAGCCAGGCCUGAACUACCAUACAGUACAAGACUUACGAGUCCUCCAUUGUGGAGGUCUUAAGUGGGUGCGGCAGAUGUACAUUAAUUCUCAAACGCAGUUCUUGGAGUGUCAGUUAGUUACAUUAUAUUACUCGUCUGCAAUAUACCCUCGCAAAUACAUCAAAUGUUACAUCAUCAGUUAGUCUUCAAAAGCCUAGAAAACCUGUUUGCCUGUGGGUGGCUUCUAGGUCUGGACAGACAGACCCUGCUUUCUAACAUCAGUUUGAUCGGUAUUAGAUAAAGCAUUAGAGAAGGGUAAAAUGUUGCCUAAUGCCAGAAAAACAAUGUUCCAGUUUUACCGCAAUACAGUGGACACCGAGUUGCAAUGUAAUGUAAUUUCCUGUUUUUCAAAUCUAAAACAGUCCUCUCGUAUCUCAUCAUUUUGCAUUAGUCUUCCACUGCGGGACUACUCGGCCAAUGGAAUAGAUAUCAAAUGUAUUAACUAGUCCUUCACUUGUGUUGUCUUGCUGAAAAUGUUAAAUCCUUUGUAAGAGUUAGACUGUACCUUCGACAAAUGAGAAAGUUGUUGCUGUAAUCACUUUACAUGUGAUUAUAUUCAAGGCAUUUCAAUGGGCUUUUCUACAUGAGUGGUGGUGGUUUGACUCUAAUUUUACAAAUGGAUUGGCGCCCAUUGUGCGGCUUAAACACAAAAAGGUCUGUUUCAAUGCUGAUAAUCCAGCUUGCCGCUUAGAACAUUGUAUAUAAAUCUCUCUGUAUAUAAUUUUGCUGUUAUUUCUUUUCUCAGUCAGUUUUCAGUAUAUUAGGGCAAAACAAAUCCCUAUGCCAUCAAUAUUGUACAGACAGACAAUCAAUUAUCUGUCCCUUUUUUUUUCUCUCAGCAUUCAUUGACAUCUCCAACCAAGCUUGUCUUUGCAAACGAGUGAUUUGUGUGAGCAGUUUUUAAUCUCUUUGUGGCAGUCUCUCUCACACAGUCACACGGUCAAAGCUGUUUGGCUCUAGGGUUUGGCACGGGAACUGUUCAUGGGGUGAGAUAGGAGCUAGUAUGUCCCUAGAGAAAAGAGACUCUCUUCCACGUGCUUCAGUUCCCAGAUACAGCAUUGUCUUACUGAUGGGUUAGAAUAAUACCAACUGACUCGGGCCGCAGUGCAGCAACUCCAAACACGCAAUGUGUUUUAGGUUUUAUAACAUCUCUCUUUGUGUGACCAGCAAACUGGAUGGAUUAAUAAUUUAAAUGCCACUCUACCAACUAGGGUUGAAUAUCUUCCCGGUAUUUUACAUAUGUUCCAUCCCGAGAAUAAAUCACUUUUCUCCCGGGUAACCCAGUAUUUCCCGCCAAAGUCGGAAGUGUCAUUCAAAAGCAUUAUAAAUCAUAUAAAUAGGCCUAUGUCUGGAUUUGACUAGAGCUUUGAUCAAAAAUUCAAGCCUGAUGCUACCUGAGCCUGAUGAGCKWUACAUUAAAUACAUUUAAUGAGCCCAAGGCCAAAAAAGUCGAAAUGAUUGUGCCGAUAUCCAAUACAUAGAGUAUAUGAUACGCACGACAGAAAAACAUAAAAGCCCYUAGAUGUAGCUAGCUAUAUGCUCUCUUGGGUAAAUAAAUUAAACUUGCUCUAGUAGGCUAAUCUUUUUGAGUGUGAACUGWWUUACUGUACUGUAUUGUAUUAUACUGUGUUAUAUGGACUAGAAUUAUGUACAUCAUUCAAAUCAUGAUAAAGCAGGGAGGYAAAAUGUGAUUCUGGUGCAGCACAUACGGACUACAAAGUUACAAGUAUAGGCUAGAAUCUGAUUAUAAUUUUGAA